CCUCGAUGAAAUAGCGGUACACAAAUUGCAAAAUCUGCAUCAGCUUCUUGUUCUUUCCUUGCUGACGCUGGAUGUGAAGAGCGGUACAGUUUCAGAGGUGGCACACUUUUAAGGCAGAAGUGGGAAGUGAGAGUCGCCUGUUUAUCAUCACUGAAUCAGGGACGGAGAGUGAACAGCUACUUUGGCUGAUAACUGUAGCCACAUUUCCCAAAAUAACAGCAGAUUCUACCACGGACCUGAUAAGGAUGUUUAUGGGAGGCGUGUAUUUUUUUGGUUUUCUACAUCAGUAGCAUCUGAUUGUUCUAUCAUUGCUGAGUGAGUGGGGAAUCGAAAUCACAUUAAGAAGCAGCAGACGGGUUUUGGAUGUUCAGGUUUAAAAUGUACCAAUUUCACGGCAGAAGUUGAGCGAAAAUGGAGCAUAUGCGAGGAUAGUUGCCUGGGCAGUUGAUGACGCACAUUUAAGGCAACCCACUGAGUCCAUUGGGUGUAGGAUGUAGAAUGAUUCCUAUUCUGAGAUUAAAAGGACAGCCGCAGCUCUGGCAGAUGAACGGAGAACCCCCUCCCUGGAUUUGGAGGAUCCCAGCUGCAUCUGGGCUGUACAGGAUCGGUGGGGUGCCCCCUCCUUUGUUAGUCUCUUCUCAUCACCCCACUCCUCUACUGCAAGCUGUUGGUGGUUGGCAAUUUCCUUGUGAUCCCUUUCUGCCUUUGAUGCCAAUGCCCUCUGCCCCAGAAGCUGCUGUUCAUCAGUUCCCUUUGCGUAAUGUUCAGUGGGAACUGACUUCUCGACCACCUGUUGUGGGAUUCCAACGUUCUGCAAACAUGGAUUUACAUCCCAUAUUCCCCCAAGUUUACACUUCAGUCCUACCACCCCAUUUUGGGAAGGGAUGGAUAGAGAAAAGGAUACCAGAAUACAAGAUGUACCUAAAUAAUUCACUUGCAAUGGACACAACAUGGAUACAUCCUGAAGAAGUAAGACUUUUCCAGAGGCAUGAAAAACCACUUCUGAUAACAAAUCAAGUAGCAAUGAGUAGAUCUCGACCAGCCACUGCCUCACCGAAUCUCCACACACUUUUGGUAACACCUCAGUCUCUAUCAGGGGGCUGUCCAGUUGCUAUCAGACAGGUUGGAACUAACAAGAGGUUUGAUUUAGCUGCAGCAGCAGCCACAGCGGCCAUGGUGGCAGUCGAAUCAGAAGCAUCUCAGGGCCCAUCUUCUGCCAGUACCCAGCCUUAUCAUGUACUAACACUGGCUCCAAUCAAGAUACCACUUCUGUCUACCCCUGUAACGUCAGCGGCUAUUUCUAGGAUGGAUGAACAGUUGCCAGCACAAGUCGCCAGGGUAACGACAGUCUCAGCUCCAGCUGUGUCUUUCAUGGCUAGUGACUGGAAAGAUGAAACACCAGCAGAUAAGAACAUUGAGGAUACUAGAACUUUAUGCACAGGGACACUCAUUUUCCAUACAGAUCGGCAGAAUAAAUCAACUGACAGCAAAAAUGAGGAGGAUUCUAGCAAGAUGACUAUUGAAGAAGAAAUCACUCCCAAGGAUAACAGACCUGUGGCAUCUACUCCUGUUCCUGGAUCACAAUGGUGUGUAGUCUGGACUGGGGAUGAUCGAGUCUUCUUCUUCAAUCCCACAAUGCAGCUGUCUGUAUGGGACAAGCCAAUUGACCUUAAAAGUCGGGGAGACCUCAACAGGAUUAUUGAAGACCCACCACACAAGCGUAAAAAAGAAGCAUCACCAACAAAUAAAAGCUCUAAUUAUCAUACAGAAGACAUAAAUGAGGAGCACACCACCAAAACAAAAAGAAACAAAACUGAGGAGCCGAUAGAAGAUACGGAAGAGAAACCCUUCAAAGUGUCCCCUCACCGAACCAUCCUUCCUUUGGAAGUGCGCACCGGUCGCUUCAGAGAUAUGCUUCUUGAGAGAGGGGUUUCAGCAUUUUCCACUUGGGAAAAAGAGUUGCACAAAAUUGUUUUUGAUCCUCGCUAUCUCCUGCUGAAUUCAGAAGAAAGGAAGCAGGUAUUUGAACAGUUUGUCAAGACCAGAAUAAAAGAAGAAUAUAAGGAGAAAAAAAGCAAAUUACAGCAGGCCAAAGAAGAAUUCCGAAAACUUCUUGAGGAAUCUAAGAUAACAUCCAGGUCAACAUUCAAGGAAUUUGCAGAGAAAUACGGCAGAGACCAACGUUUUAAAAAAGUUCAGAAAAAGAAAGAUCAGGAACAUUUAUUCAAUCAGUUUAUAAACAGUUUGAAAAAGAGAGAUAAGGAAAACAGACUAAGACUGAGGAAGAUGAGAUGAAAAGGACAUCAACUUUGCAACAGAGGAUUCCAAAUACUGUGACAGAUAAGAAUUGCAGAACACUAAUUCUGAUCGUAUGUUCCAUAAAAUCCAAAUCGCAAUUCCAGAGACUGGUGCAACUGAGCGUAGUACUUUCAAACUUCUAGAAAUUCCACUCUGUCUUCAGUUUUCUAAUGGUCAUAUGUGAUUCAGUUGUACACAGUAUGAAGUAAACCAGUACUCAGAGAUUUAAUCUGUUUCAUAUUGAAGCUCUUUAUAAAGUCGGUGUUAUGCAUUCAAAUCACUAUAAAUUAUGUAUCAGUUAUGCAAAUCCCAUUGUAAUAUAUGAAAAAGAAAUUAUAAAACAUUUUAGCUCCACUCUAGGUUUAUAAUUAGGCAGACACUAUCAAUGUUUUUUUAAAAAAAAUAAAAAUAACAAUUGAUCUUUGAUUCUUUGCAGCAUCCAUAAGAAUUCCUGAGAAAACAACAGCAUUUUGAUUUGCUGUCUACCAGUGCACUGUUAAGAGUUAUCAUUAUGUGAUCAACUCCUCUCAUUGUUUUGCCUAUUUUUUUUGGUAUGUAGACAAGACUAAACUGUUGGUCAUAAUAUCCACCAUAAAUGUUCAAACAUCAACCAGUGUGUAUGUAAUAGAAAGGGGUUAUUAACAUUCUAGUAAUUGUAGUGAUGUUUUGAACUAGCAGUGAUGUUUGUUUGUUUGAUGGUUUAACUAACAGGUACGAUAUAAACUACUUGUGUUACUUAGUAGUGAAAUACUUGUUUUUUUAUUGAAAUGCAAAGUUGUUGUGAAUCUCACACGUGACUGAUUAAAAGUAACAGAUAAAC